AUGUUCUAAAAGGAAGCAAUUCUUUUCUUCUCAUCAUCUCUUUUUCUGUGUUCGGUUUGUUCGUCCUCUUUACCUAUUUUGUUUUCUCCUUGCGAACCAUAGUUACUAUUUCUUAGACAAAUUCGAUGCAUUCCUCAGGUGAUUUAGACAAAACAAAGAAAAAGAAAAUAAAAAGGUUAUAAUUGAAAGCGAAACGAUUUGAAGAGAAAAGGUUUCACACUUCCUAUUGUAAACUCUCAACAACAGCAACAAUUUCUUACUUUUCUUCCUUCUCUUUCUUUUCUCUUUGGUAUUUCUCUUUCUUUCCUUAGUCUUAUCAACUCUCUCUCUCUCUCUCCUCUUGGUUGUCUUCUCUUUCUCUCCCUUGAAAAUGGAAUGAAGAGAAUUCCUAACUCACUAUUCUUCUUCCUCUGCUUCUUCUUCUUCACCAUCAUCAUCAUUUUCUUUCCGGUAUCUUUUUCUAUUUUUUAUCAUCACUUUUCUUCAUCUUCUUUACCUUUUCUUUCAUCUUCUUCUCCAUCUUCAUCUGUGUAAUUUGUGAUCAUCUUUUCCCUCAUCGUCUUGGUCCUAAUAUAUUUUCGUCAUCAUAAUCUAUCCAUUGACCAAAUUGUUUACAUCAUCAAAUGUUUACUGUAUUUUAAUAACAAAGUGAAUUCUAUUUCUUUUUUUCUCUCAAUUCGGUUUCCUUUUCUAUUUUCGUUAACAAAAUCAUCACCUUCACCUCUUCAUCAAUAAGUUGAUUCUGAGAAACAUUUUCAAUGGAUAAUUAUGAAACCUAUGGAGCUGUUGGGAACAACUAUGAAUCUCAUGGUUAUAUACCGAAUAUGGAAACUUACCAGCGGCAUGUUGAAUACUCCAAUUACCGGGAUUAUCAAAUUAAUCCAUCCAUAACCUCUGAAUCACCUCCAACCCUAAGAAGAGGACCAUCAAUCCAUGGUGGACCUCAAACAGGUCCAACACAACCAACAUCUAUGCAACCUGUCAAUCACAUGCCACAAUCAGGUUAUGAUGAGCUUGAUUCAACUUUACAAUAUACUCAAUUUCAACAUACACCUCAAUCAGCCUCUAAUGGUUAUUUACUACAAGCUCAACCUUCACCUAAUGGUUACGCCGCAAGUACCGGUGGUCCACCAUCUGUAAAUCAAUUACAAGGUGUAGUCCCAAGCCCAGGGCCACUUGCACCUUCAUCUGGACCUGGAAUACCAAUGCAAUCAGCAGCUUCUACCGGUACAUACAAUCCGUAUGAACUUCAUCAACCCUCUGGUUAUCUUGAUCGUCGGCCAAGUUAUGAUGACCAUGGUACUUAUAGUACUGGACCAUUAAGAGGUCCACCACCGAGAGCAGUUUUCUCAGAGGAAGAUAAUCUCACCGAUCAAGGAUCAAAUUUAACCGGCGAUGGUAGUGUAAGAUGGAGAGACCCAGAUCUUCAUGAGGUUAUUGAAUUUCUUUCGCACCCGAAUCCAGUUAUACGUGCAAAUGCGGCCGCUCACCUACAACAUCUCUGUUUCAGUGAUGAUAAUAUGAAACAAAAAGCUCGUGCACUUGGAGCUGUUCCUCCUUUGAUCAAUCUGAUAACCCAAGAUUCCUUGGAAAUACAAAGAAACGCUUGUGGAGCUUUAAGAAAUAUUAGUUAUGGUAGACGUAAUGAUGAGAACAAGAAAGCAAUCAGAAACGCCGGAGGCCUUGUGGCUCUGGUAAACCUGCUCAGAAAAACGGUUGACAAUGAACUUGAAGAGCUUAUCACGGGUGUCUUGUGGAAUCUUAGCUCAUGUGACCCUCUUAAAAGGCCAAUCAUCGACGAUGCCCUUGGAACUUUGAUUAAUCGUGUUAUAAUACCUCAAUCAGGGUGGACAAGUAAUUUUCCCAUUAACGAUUCCUCGUCCAACGCCAGUGAUGCCAUGUUGCAAUCUUCCGGUCAUCCUGAAGGCUGGUGGUCAGUUAUUUUCCGUAAUGCCAGUGGUAUUUUGAGAAAUGUCUCUUCAGCUGGAGAAUAUGCGAGGAAAAAACUUCGUGAAUGUGAUGGCCUAGUGGACGCAUUAUUAUUCCUUAUCCGAUCAGCUAUCGUUAAAAAUGAUAUCGACAAUAAAUCGGUUGAAAAUUGUGUCUGUAUUUUAAGAAAUCUCUCUUAUCGUUGUCAAGAAGUAAUCGAUCCUGAAUAUGAUAAACACGCAGCUCCCGUAACAAGUGAUUCUCGUUCAGUGUCUCCAUCCUCUUCUAGAGCCGUUGCCAUCAUGGGCUCAGUAAGUUCAAAGGUUGGUGAUAAUUUGGGUUGUUUUGGUGUCAGUAAAAAGAAGACUAAAGAAACAGCCGCCACACCAACCGAAAGUAAAAGUUUGACCCAAGCCACCCAACAGUUAUCUCUUAACAGUACAACCGGUAUACCAGGUAUCAAUCGUCGACCCAACGAACCCAUAACUGGAAUGGAAUUAUUAUGGCAACCGGAAGUUGUCCAACCAUAUUUAGCCAUACUUUCUGAGUGUUCAAAUCCAGAAACACUGGAAGCUGCCGCCGGUGGAAUACAAAAUCUUGCUGCUUGUUACUGGCAACCAUCAAUUGACAUUAGAGCUGCAGUUCGUAAAGAGAAAGGUCUUCCGGUUCUGGUUGAAUUAUUACGGAUGGAAGUUGACAGGGUGGUUUGUGCUGUUGCCACUGCCCUUAGAAAUUUGGCCCUUGACCCAAGAAAUAAAGAGUUAAUAGGAAAAUAUGCAAUGAAAGAUCUUGUAUCCAAAUUACCUGAGGGUAAUCCCCAACAUGAUAUGGGAACAUCAGAUGAUACAAUUGCCGCUGUACUGGCCACUCUCAAUGAAGUAAUAUCAAAAAACGCUGAUUUCGCUAAAUCACUUCUAGAAGCUGACGGAAUGGAGCGAUUAGUGUAUAUAACAAAAAACAAAUCAAAAUAUUCUUCCCGGGUAUUCAAAUUUACUACACAGUUGCUGGCUAAUAUGUGGCAACACUCAGAUUUACGAGAAGUCUACAGAAAAGCAGGUUAUAAGGAGUCUCACUUUUUGAUUCGUCAUGUGAUUAGUCGCAAUUCCUCUGGUGGGAUGCUUCAAUCGCCAACAUCAAGUGCAAAUAACACCUUAAGUCGUCCAAUGAGCACCCAAGGAGGUACCAGAUACGAAGACCGCACCCUCUCAAGAGGAGGAGGCCGGGAAAUGAAUAUGACACAAAUGUCACUUAAUAGGACUGAAGAAUAUCAAUUAGCGGAAAUGGUUCACAGAGGAGGAGGAGGUGGACCUGAACUUGUUCAUACUCCUGGACAUCUUCAAAACCAACAAUUAGCGUCUCAACAACAAAUAGCCCAACAACAGGCUCAACAGCAAUUAAAUGCAGCCGUUCAACAGCAGCAACAACAACAACAACAGCAACAACAACACCGUCCGCCUGUCGGUGGAGUACAAAUAUAUCCGCCUGGAGUUUAUAUUCGUGGUAACAGCACGGAACCUGUUUAUGCACAAGUUAAUCGAGAACGAAAGAAACAUUCCCGACCUGGAACAGACUUUACCUCAUCCACUCAAGCUCUCCUUGGAUCUGAUACCAGCAACAGUUACGACCCUACAACCAAUGAGCCCAUUUACCCUCCCUCAAUGCCCGCCGGAGAUUCAUGGGUCUAGACCAAUUGAACAUUUAUCCAUAUCGACGACUAGAAUGAUUAAAUAGCCUAUUCUCGGCCUCCCUCCCACUCUCUUUCUCUCUCUCUCUUUUACUACUUAUCUCGACUCACAUGUUUAAACUCACACACCUUGACACUACAUCAAAUAACUCAUAGCAAACACACACACACACAUAUUGUAACGGGAUUUUAAUCAAUCAAAACAAGUUAUAAUUGUGAUUUAAUUU